GGCGAGCGGCUGAUUUCCGCUUCCCUCUCCGCUGCUGUUGCUGCUUCUGCUGGCCACUGAAGUAAAGAUGGCGGCGGCCGAGACAGACAGUGAAGUACCGUGCGCUCGGUGUAGCGAUUUCCUUCAUUUCUCAGCAAAGGACACUGCUGCGAAAUGGCUAGAGGUUGACAACCUGCUCAAAGAGGUGUACCAGCAUUUGGCCUGCUUUGUCCCCAAAAUCUACUGCCUAGGACCCAACCUGAACCCUCAGAAUGAGGAUCUGCUGGCCCAACUGUUGCUUCAAGGCCCGCUGGAGUGGUACCUUUGCGGAGAAGAGCCGACAGUGGGCUUGGCCAAGCUGGAACAGAGCAACCAGCCCUCGCAACUCUGUGGUCAUGUUUUUAAAGUUGGAGAGCCAACGUAUUCGUGCAGAGACUGCGCAGCCGACCCAACCUGCGUGUUGUGUAUGCAGUGCUUCCUGGGCAGCGUUCAUAAAGAGCACCGCUACAGGAUGACCACCUCAGGGGGAGGAGGCUUCUGUGACUGCGGUGAUACAGAAGCCUGGAAGAAGGGCCCUUACUGUCAAAAACACGAGCCCAAUAUCAGUGACUCUUCACAGAAGGAUCCAUUGGCUAAUCUGUCAGAACAGAUGAUCACCCGCACACGAAAUGUAUUUUCUAUCAUUCUCAAAUACGCUGUGCACAUGCUCACCUGGGAAAAAGAGGAUGAGUUGCCAGAAGGCCUUGAACCACCGGCGCGUGGAGACACAUACUACUGCAUGCUGUUCAAUGACGAAGUGCACACGUACGAGCAGGUCAUCUACACACUACAGAAAGCUGUGAACUGCACCCAGAAAGAGGCUGUUAGUUUCGCUACCACAGUGGACAGAGAUGGCAGGAAGUCUGUUCGCUUUGGGGACUUCCAGUUCUGUGAACAGGCCAAAUCUGUUAUUGUGAGGAACACAAGUCGGCAGACAAAGCCCCUACGGGUUCAGGUCAUGCACUCCUCUGUGGUGGCCCAUCAGUGUUUUGCUCUCAAAGCUCUCAACUGGCUCGGACAAAUCAUCAAAUCCUCAGAUGCUCUCAGGAGGAUCUUGUGUCUGGUGGGUCUGCAGCAAGGACCGAAUGGAGAAAACUCUUUAGUGGACACGCUCAUGCUCUGUGACUCCAAAAUGUGGAAAGGAGCGAGAAAUGUUUACCACCAGCUUUUCAUGAGUAGUCUGCUUAUGGAUCCAAAGUACAAGAAACUUUUCGCCAUUCAGUUUGCGAAGAAUUACCGGCGCCUCCAGACAGAUUUUAUGGAGGACGAUCACGAGCGUGUAGUGUCAGUGACAUCUCUGUCAGUGCAGCUCUUCACCGCCCCUACUGUGGCUCGGAUGCUGAUAACAGAGGAGAACCUGAUGACCACCAUCAUUCAAACUUUCGUGGACCACCUCAGGCACAGAGACAUCCAGGGCCGCUUUCAGUUUGAACGUUACACUGCACAACAAGCCUUCAAAUUCCGCCGAGUCCAGAGCCUUAUAGGAGACCUCAAGUAUGUCCUGAUCAGCCGUCCAACAGAAUGGUCAGACCAGCUCAGGGAGAAGUUUCUGGAAGGUUUUGAAGCUUUUUUGGAGCUGCUAAAAUGCAUGCAGGGAAUGGACCCAGUAGUCCGUCAGGUGGGGCAGCACAUAGAGAUGGAGCCUGAAUGGGAGGCAGCGUUUACUUUACAAAUGAAGCUCACACACAUCAUCUCAAUGAUGCAGGAAUGGUGUGCCAAUGAUGAGAAAGUGCUGAUUGAAGCUUAUAAGAAGUGCCUGAGCGCGCUGACUCACUGCCACAGUGGUUUUACAGACGGGGAACAGCCCAUAACCCUCAGCAUGUGCGGCCACUCCGUAGACACCAUCCGCUACUGCGUUUCUCAGGAGAAAGUCAGCAUACACCUGCCUGUGUCACGCCUUUUAGCAGGUUUACAUGCUCUGCUGAGCAAAACAGAAGUUGCCUAUCGGUUCCCUGAGCUGCUGCCUCUGAGUGAACUGAGUCCACCCAUGUUGAUCGAGCAUCCGCUCCGCUGCCUAGUGCUCUGUGCGCAGGUGCAUGCUGGGAUGUGGAGAAGAAACGGCUUCUCAUUGGUCAAUCAGAUUUAUUAUUAUCACAAUGUGAAGUGCCGGGUGGAGAUGUUUGAUAAAGAUCUCGUCAUGCUUCAGGCCGGAGCUUCCAUGAUGGAUCCAAACCACUUCCUGAUGAUCGUGCUGAGUCGUUUUGAGCUCUAUCAUAUCUUCAGCUCAGCAGACUGCAGGAAGAGAUACGGCAGAGAAAAUAUCAACAAGGAUGUGGUUCAGCAGAACAACACACUAAUCGAAGAGAUGCUGCAUCUGGUCAUUAUGGUUGUGGGUGAGCGAUACAUUGCUGGUGUUGGUCAAGUGGAGAGUUAUGAUGAGAUAAAGCGAGAGAUCAUUCACCAGCUGUGCAUUCGGCCUAUGGCCCACAGUGAGCUGGUCAAAGCCCUGCCAGAGAACGAGAAUAAGGAGACUGGCAUGGAGAGAGUCAUUGAUCAUGUGGCUUUGUUUAAGAAGCCUGGUGUGACAGGCAGAGGACUUUAUAAACUCAGACCAGAGUGUGCCAAGAUGUUCAAUCUCUACUUCAAUCAUUACUCCAGAGCUGACCAGUCUAAGGCUGAAGAGGCUCAAAGAAAGAUUAAGAGGCAAAACGGAGAAGAUUCAGUUUUGCCUCCACCAGUUCCUCCUCAUUUCUGUCCAUUGUUCGGCAGUCUGGUAAACAUCCUCCAGUGUGAUGUACUUCUAGGGAUUCUGGGAGCUGUACUGCAGUGGGCUAUGGAACCCAGUGGAGGACACUGGUCCGAGUCCAUGCUACAGAGGGUGCUGCAUCUUCUGGGCAUGGGUCUUGUAGAAGAGCAGCAACAUCUCACUGGCAGCACAGAAGAUGGCAUCAGCUUUAACUUUACUCUUAAGAUCUCCAGACCAGGUGAGGCUCCUGGAAACACUCCCAGUAUUUUAGCAUUACUGGAAACCCUGCAGAACGCUCCUCACCUGGAGGUGCACAAGGACAUGAUUCGCUGGAUUCUCAAGACGGUGGCUAACAUUAAAACCACACGUGAGUGCACAGCGAGUGCAUCCCCUGCUGACAGCUCAGGACACAGUCAAGAGGAGACGGUGCGGGAUAAAGAUAAGGCGGAGCGGAAGAGGAAAGCAGAGAUGGCACGGCUUCGGAGAGAGAAGAUCAUGGCUCAGAUGUCAGAGAUGCAGAGACACUUCAUCAAUGAAAACAAAGACCUCUUCCAGCAGAGCCUGGAGGAGCUGGACGCCACCACGUCAACCUCACUUGAGCACAGCCCCAGUACGUGUGAUAGUACGCUAGUGUGUGUGGGUCCGAGGCGGUGGCGUGCCAGCGCAAGUGACAGGAGGCAGGUUGUGACGUGUAUCCUGUGCCAGGAGGAACAGGAGAUCAGGGUUGACGGCAAAGCUAUGGUCCUUGCUGCUUUUGUCCAGCGCUCCACAGUUAUGUCCAAGAACCGCAAAAGACCUACAUACAACCCCGAUAAGUAUGACCCUCUCUUCAUGCACCCGGACCUGUCAUUUGGCACACACACGGGCAGCUGUGGACACAUCAUGCACUCGCACUGCUGGCAGAGGUAUUUUGAAGCAGUGCAGGCUAAAGAGCAGCGCAGGCAACAAAGGCUCCGUGUUCACACCAGCUAUGAUGUGGAGAACGGGGAGUUUUUGUGUCCGCUCUGCGAAUGUCUGAGUAACACGGUCAUCCCACUACUGCCCCUCACUAAAACCACCUGCAGCACUGAGCAGCCCGAUCAGAGGCAGUGGGUGAACAUCACCUCCCAGCAAAUCAAAGCCCUGCAUGCCGCACGCAAGAAGACCAAUGCUGAAGGUGUUGAUGAUGCAGACAGUGCUGAAGACUGUCAUCCACCUGAUGGUUUCAGACUGGACCACACUCCAAAGAAUCCAUACUCGGGCACCAUAAAGGAGAUGUUGACUACGUUUGGCACAGCCACGUAUAAAGUCGGUCUUAAGGUCCAUCCUAAUGAGCAGGAUGCCCGUGUGCCCAUCAUGUGCUGGGGCAGCUGUGCCUACACCAUCCAGUCCAUAGAGAGAUUGUUGGUGGAUGAAGAGAAGCCUUUGUUUGGAAGUUUACCAUGCAGACAGAACGACUGCUUGAGCUCUCUGACUCGGUUCGGCUCGGCCUGCUGGACAGCCUCAUCUCAAGCUGUUGUACACGGUCACUUUAUCAGGCUUCUAGCAGCUCUUGUUCCUGAUUCCCAGGUGGAGAAUACCCCAUGUAUUCUGGACAUAGACAUGUUUCAUAUGCUGGUGAGUCUGGUACUGUCCUAUCCAGCGCUUCACUGCUUAGAUUCCUCAGGGAUGAGUGAAGAUGCUGCACAACUGCAUCUCCUGCACCUGGUCACCAUUGCUCACAUAGUGCAGAUUCUUCUUACCUCCAUACCAGAGGAGGUACGGAUGGAGCAGGAGAGUGGAGGAGCAGAGAGGGAGGAGGAAGAGAGCGUGUGUCUGCUCUACAAUACUCUCAGGAGGCAUCUGAGCAGUGGUCUACAUGAAGUGACCUCAGGCUGGCAUCUGUGGCACUGUGUGAAAACGGGAAUCCUGCCUUAUCUGAGAGCAGCUGCACUGUUCUUCCACUAUCUGAAUGGAGCUCCGGCACCACCUGAGCUGCACGCUGUAGGUGUGGGUGAAUGGGAGGCUCUGUGUGGAUACCUGUGUCUGCCCUCCAACCCGUUACAGCUCUACUACAACAACCUGGAGCUGCUAGAACCUCUACUGCAGGGGUGGUGCUCUCAUCCAGGUGUGCUGCAGGCUCUUCAAAGCAGCACAGCUCUCAUCAGAUUUCCAAGAGAGUCCAAUCAUCUUAUAGAGCUGCCAGAGGACUACAGCGCCCUCAUCAACCAGGCCUCCAGCUUCACGUGUCCUAAAUCAGGUGGCGAUAAGUCUCGUGCUCCUACACUGUGCCUGGUGUGCGGUGCCAUGCUGUGCUCUCAGAGCUACUGCUGUCAGACAGAGCUGGAGGGGGACGACGUGGGAGCGUGCACUGCUCACACCUUUACAUGCGGGGCCGGAGUCGGUAUUUUCCUUAGGGUGCGGGAGAGUCAGGUUCUGUUCCUGGCUGGUAAAACUAAGGGCUGUUUCUACGCUCCUCCAUACCUAGAUGACUAUGGGGAAACAGACCAAGGGCUCAGACGGGGAAACCCUUUACACUUGUGCCAAGAGCGUUACAGAAAGAUACAGAAACUGUGGCGUCAGCACAGCAUCACAGAGGAGAUCGGCCACGCCCAAGAGGCCAAUCAGACUUUGGUGGGCAUUGACUGGCAACACCUGUGAAGUCACGUGACACUUUUUCUCCUUUAAAGCGAUAGUUUACCUGAAAAUAAAAUGUUAUUAUUUACUCAACAUCAUGUUACUCGCAUGGUCUGUGGAACAUGAGGGCAGAUUUUUUUUUUGUAUAAUGUUGAUGCUGCUUUUUCCAUACAAUGAUCUUAAAUGGUAACUGAAGCUGGCAGUCCAUAACAUUCUGCUUAACAUCAAUUUUACCGUUAUGCAGAAAUCAAAAUAUAACCGAAUUUUCAUUUUGAGGGUAAACUGUCCCAUUACAACACAUGAGGGGACCUGCACAUCAGGGCUAGAGGUUGCCAAGGCAUCACCAAGGCCUCUUGCUCUCCUCCACCCCUUUACUCAUCUUUAUGACAGUGGAUGAAUGCAUGACGACUUGUUUCUUUUCUGGGGGAGUUUUUUUUUUUUCUUUUAAAUGAUAUGAAUGCAUAUUUAAAAAGAUAUAUAACCAAGGUAUUGAGCUGCUGCAACUAUAUGGGUUGCAACAAAAGUACUCUUCAUAGGAAUGCUAUUUAAUUUCUCUCUGCUACGAGUAAUAUUAAAUUAUUUUGAAGGUAGUUUAAGUAUAUUGAGAAGGUUCUCAGAUGGCAGAAAUUGAUUUGUGGCACUGCCCUUUGAGCGUAAAUGUCCAACCUUUUGCCAUGCAGGGGUAGCGCCACCUGUAGGCUAUACAGCAUCCUGUCUCUAUUUAAAAUGCUGCAGUACUGUAUGUUUUUCUUAGGCCACAUAAUUAAUGUGCUCAGCAAAGUCCUUAUAAAACAAGCCAAUGCAAGGAAACUCCAAGAGCAUGUGAAUUUGUCUUUUGAGUGUCUGAUUUAUGUUUGUGUGUGUGUGUGUGUGUGUGUGUUUGAGAGACUGAGUAUUUUUAUGUAUGUGUUUAGGCGGUAUGUUUCUAAUAUGAUGGAUUUAUACUGUGGUCAGUUUUUACAAUUGUUUAUUUCUCACGCUUUUUUGUGUGGUAUUUGUGUUUUCUCGCGGAGUGUUUGUUGUAUUUAAUUGUUGGAAACAUGCUUUCCAUGAAUUGAAGCGGCUAUUCUUGUGCUUUUUUGGACAUUUUGUUUUUUGACACUGCUGUCUCAUUUGGGCAGUAGCGGUAAUGGUUGCAGAAAUGUACAUCCUUGAUUGGUUUUCAGCCACAGUUUCCUUUUAGACUGUCUUUUUGUCUUUGUUUUUUUUUUUAUUGGCCUGAGACUUCAGUACUAAACAGUUUAUUUCGGGUCAGAUGUGCAUACAAACACACACUGUUGCUUCUUUUUGAUACUGGUUUUCAUGCCUCAAUCGAUUCAGAUUGAGCUCCUCUAUUUAAUGCAGUGGGUCGAUUCUUUUAGACACUUCCAGUUGGUGCAGCAGUAUAUAUCACAUCACACACAGACUUGUUAAUAUGUGAAUUCCUGUAUAAAUGGGGACUUGUACUAUAUUGUAAAACAUUAAUGGAAUAAAAAAAGAA